AAUAAACAAAUAAAUUAAGACAUAUAUAUAAUAUAUGGAUAGGGAAGAGAACACGUAAGAAAACUCUAAAAAGCACUGAGAUGGCGUCCACAGCUCUGUUACCCAACAAUGGUGGCUCUCUUCUCUUCACUCCAUUAUCUUCCUUUUCUAAUAUCAAUAGCUCCUCUGCAAUACCCUUCAGGUGGGGAUGGAGAAAAUACCCAAAUGCAAACAUGGUUUCCCACAGAACCAGGGGACAAGCAAUUCAAGUAUUGGCCAAUCCCAAUGUGUCUUCAGGGAAGGAGAGACCUAAGAAGGAGGUGAUCAUGGUUGAUCCUUUGGAGGCGAAACGAUUAGCUGCCAAACAAAUGGCGAAAAUAAAGGCUAAAGAGAAGUUCAAGAGGCAACGCCAAAUCGAAGCAAUCAAUGGAGCAUGGGCUAUGAUUGGCCUUACAGCGGGUUUAGUCAUUGAAGGUCAAACCGGGAAAGCUAUCCUAGCUCAGUUGGCUGAUUAUUGGAAUGCUGUCGUCCAUAUUUUCAUGCCGUAGAGAUUUCUGUUCAUCGGUAAAUUGAAGGAAUUCAAGAUUCAUUUCACUUGCAUCAUUCUUGGAACAUUUUUAUGCUAUGCUUAAUACAUAUAAUAUGAUAUUAACUGUUAAAGAAAACUACAUUCUUUAGACUUGAGAAUGAACUUUUGUCCAGGUGAUUCUUAGUAGAAAUAAUUUUGUUUUGAGAUUGGA